AUAUAUACCAUCAUACGCAAACCAUUUUCUUUCACAAAAAUCCUGACUUUGGUCUUCUUCUGAAAUUAAUCCGAAAAUGUCAAUUAGCAAAGCUAUGUUUCUAUGCCUCUUAAGCUUAGGUAUGCUAGUCACACCCUCUCAUGCGCAAAACUCCCAACAAGACUUUGUGGACGCUCACAACGCAGCUCGUGCCCAAGUUAAUGUCGGUCCAAUGGCAUGGGAUGACGGGGUUGCAAACUACGCACAAAAUUACGCAAACCAACGCAAGGGCGACUGCAAUAUGGUGCACUCAGGCGGAAAACAAUAUGGAGAGAACCUCGCCUGGAGCAGUGGUGAUAUUACAGCCACGGAUGCGGUGAACAUGUGGGUGGCGGAGAAGGCAAACUACAACUACGAGUCCAAUUCGUGCAAUGGAGUUUGUGGGCAUUACACUCAAGUUGUUUGGCGUAAGUCGGUUCGACUCGGUUGCGCUAGGGUUGGGUGUGACAAUGGUGGGACUUUUGUCAUAUGCAGCUAUGAUCCACCAGGAAACUACAAUGGAGAGCUUCCGUAUUAAUAGAAUUGCAUCUAUGUGAUGUGGUCUUAUAUAUACAAAAUAAGUAGUAGUAUUUUGUAUUGAGUCUUCUAAUUAAUGAUCUCGAAAUGUUAUGCAUGUAAUGGGAAGGAUAAUAGACUCCCAAAUUGCCGGAUGACUCAAAAAUAAAACAAUGACGUUGAAGAAA